AAGUUGAUGCGGAAAAGGGAGACAAUGUUGCAGGUGUAGGGAAACUGCAUUUUAUAUUAGGCGUUGAUGAUGUAGGAAAGGGAGAUAGGGUUGCAGGCGUAGGAAAAACAUUAGAGGCAAUGCUUGUAGAAGAGUUCAUGUUGCAAUUUCAAGCAAUCAAAGGGACAGUUGAAAGCAAGAGCACAUUUUUUUGUUCACAAGAUGAUAAACAU